AGAUUGACUACAAAAGUCCUCCCGAUGAAUUCACUUCACAUCAAACCCCAAUUUGAACGUGUCUGGCUGCGUGAAUCUCAGUUUAGGAGGAGUUUGUCUCUCCUGUAGCUUCCUGAAGGACCGUCACCAAGAAGAAGAAGAAGAAGAAGAGACGCUGUGCGUGACAGUCGCAGCAGAGACCUUUGUCCCGCGAACUUCGGUCUAUUGGCCGAGUAAACACUUUUUUUUUUGUUGUUGUUGGGAAAUGAGCCAAACUGACCGACAGAUAUCUCGCAGCGACACUCGGGCAGGGGGGGAGAAAAGAAAAAGGGGCGACGCUACGGGCGCUCGCAGCAUGGCGCUAAAAACCGAAGAAAGUCGGGAGUAUAUUACGCAAACCUCAACGGGAAGCGGCGCGGACAGGCUGAAAGAGCGCAACAAUGCGGACGCGAACAUUUUUGGCUCCGGCCACGCUGAUCCGCUAGCCCGUGACAUGGAAAACGCCUGCUGCCAGGCAGCUGCUGCUCCUCCGGAGGAGCUCUCACACGCCGACUGCCGUGUGGGCGACAGUCGCUCCUUUUCCGCCUGCGCCACGAUCUCAGAAACAGCCCGGGAGCUCUGCAAAGCCGUGUCCGUGUCGCUGGGACUGGCCAUGGAGUCCAACGACACGAGCGAGUCGGACGCCGCUUUCCCCCCCUGCGCCGCCCACGACCAAACGCGCGGGGAGUACAAUCUGUUCAUGAACGUCAACUGUCCCGCCGCCGCCGCGUACAAGUACCCGGAGCGAGACGACCGGCCCCUGCACGGCCAGAGGCAACCGGUGGAGAUGUUCAAAAGUUCCGAGACGGUUGCGCGUCUCCGACACGUCGUCACCCCGACUCGGACACCUGUGCACGAGCAAAACUUCGCGCUGUGCGAGGCUGAAGACGUAACUUCGGAGGAGAUCGAGCACCUGGACGCAGCGCACGCUUCGUCCUGCGACUACGCGCCGUCCGCGCCGGGCACCUUUGCGCACUUCGGCCGGAAUGCCGCGCCGCGACCGUGCCGGAUCUACGAGCCCGCCGACCACGCGCCGGACUUCGGAGGAGCCGCUAACAAGUUCGGCGGCUAUCAGGCGCCACAGUACAGCGUCAGGGUGAAAUGCGAGGACGGCGAGUCCUCCGGGGCGCCGUGGGCCGGGGUUUACACCCCGAACGAGAAGUACGACGCGCAGUGUUGGGGCUCUAGGCAGUGCAUGAACGCGCACAGCGCGGACGCCAACCCCGCGUUCACAUGCAAUCCACACGAGAGGAGCGUCGUGCGUCCCGAGCAGUGGUACCCCGGCGGGAUGCUGAGGCCGCCUUAUCCCAACUCCAACUACGUGAAGACCGAAGUCGGCGAGUGGCUGGACGUCACCUACAAUGACAGCAGGUUUGAAGCUGGCAGGGAGCACAUGUUUCCAAUGGAGUUCUUCUUUCCACCACAGAGGAUGUGCCUGAUUUGUUCAGACGAGGCAUCUGGCUGCCAUUACGGUGCGCUCACCUGUGGCAGCUGCAAGGUUUUCUUCAAAAGGGCUGCGGAAGGCAAACAGAAGUACUUGUGCGCGAGCAAAAACGACUGCACUAUUGAUAAGCUAAGAAGGAAGAACUGUCCAUCUUGUCGGCUGAAGAAGUGUUUCGAAGCCGGGAUGACUCUUGGAGCCCGUAAGCUGAAGAAGAUUGGGCAACAGAAGACCCCGGAGGAGGAACCUCCCCUGAAGGACCCCUUAGAAGUCAUCCAGAAUUUCUCUCCUAAAUCGGGUCUGAACUUCAACACACAAAUGGUCUUCCUCAACAUCCUGGAGUCCAUUGAACCCGAGGUGGUGAACGCAGGGCACGACUAUGGCCAGCCGGACUCUGCCGCCUCGCUGCUCACCAGCCUCAACGAGCUGGGAGAGAGACAACUGGUCAAAGUGGUUAAAUGGGCAAAAGGCUUGCCAGGGUUCAGAAAUCUCCACGUGGACGACCAAAUGACUGUCAUCCAACAUUCAUGGAUGGGGGUGAUGGUGUUUGCCCUGGGAUGGAGGUCCUACAAGAACGUCAACGGCAGGAUGCUUUACUUCGCCCCGGAUCUUGUGUUCAAUGAACAUCGGAUGCAAAUGUCCACAAUGUAUGAGCACUGCAUACGGAUGAGACAUCUUUCACAGGAGUUCCUGCUGCUGCAGAUUUCUCAGGAGGAGUUCCUCUGCAUGAAGGCCUUGCUCCUUUUCAGCAUUCUUCCAGUUGAGGGUCUGAAGAGUCAGAAGUACUUUGAUGAACUGCGUCUCACCUACAUCAACGAACUCGAUCGUCUCAUUAGCUAUCGGAUGGCGACUAACUGUCCUCAGCGGUUCUACCAGCUCACCCGACUCCUGGACUCUCUCCAGAUGACGGUAAAGAAGCUCCACCAGUUUACAUUUGACCUUUUCGUCCAGGCUCAGUCGCUCCCGACAAAGGUCAGCUUCCCAGAGAUGAUUGGAGAAAUUAUCUCAGUACAUGUACCAAAGAUGCUGGCAGGUUUGGCUAAACCGAUCUUGUUUCACGAGUAGGGACUUCUAAUUGAUCCAAUAAUGUCUCCUCUUUGCUGCCUCCAUAAACCUUAACGAAAGGUACUUUUUACCUACAUCUUCAGUCUAAUAGCUCUUAGCCCUGUCCUGUGAUCAUUAUUUUCUUGCUCAAGCAUUUUUUUGUGUGUUCCUUUUAGUCAUAAUUGAGGUUGUUCAAAACUGGUAAAGCUUUUAUCUGAGGCACUGCGAGGCAUCACCUGUUGACAGCUCUGCUAUUUGUGAGUGGAAAGUUUUUGUUUUCAGAGAUUCUACUUUACAUACACAGUAAGUCUGUAAAUCAUUAAUGCAGCAACCAAAAAGCAGCAGGGUUAAAAACAUUUUUGGAAGUUUUGCCUGUGACCUUCAUAAUACACACAAAUGACAAGGUAUUCGGAAAUACUGAAAAACAAGUGGCAGCCAAAGAGCAGAUGAGAAUUGGAUCACAGAAAUAAACAAAUACUUGUUUCCCCAUUAACUUCCCAAAAUCUGUUUUUCUGAGUGCUGCCUCCAGAUGCACCUACUAAGUUCCUGCUUGUGAUAUUUAGAGUGGUUAAUACAACUCGCGAGGCAUUUAAGUGCUUAAGUGCCUUAAAAUGUAAAAAUGUACUCGGCCUGUAAAAGACGGAGUUGAUGUGCAACAUCAUCAUUGUUUACAGUCAACCUGCAACAUCAGAUUGUCCUGCCGUGUGAGUGUCCAGUACUUUUGGUGCUGCAGGUCAGUCAUUAAAGGUAAAGUCUGCUGUCUGGACAAAUGCUGUCUUUAUUUGAAACUAAAUCAAGCCAAGAAGAGUAUUGUCUAGUGAUAAGGAAAUCCAACUCUGAAAUGAAAAUAACAUUGUUGUUACUACCUCUUGGGCUCACAAGUCUCUCAACAACUAAGUUAUUUUACUGAUUAUUUAGCUGAAGUAGUUCUGACCGGAAUCGGAAGCAGCUGCAGUAUUUUUGUUUUUAUCUGACCGUAAAAGAAAAUUUUGAAGACUUUGUUUAUCAAGCAUUCACUUACAUUACUAUACUUUGAAGACUUAUUUACUUUACUUUACUGUCUUUUGGGAACCACUGUGAACGAGAUGAAAGUUGUGGUCAGGCUGUGGGUCAGCUGUUGUGUCUGGCAGAACCAAUACAACGAAUUAAGCACAUUGUGUUGUUUAGAGGGAAGAUUUUCCACCCUAAAUCAGGGUGGAUGGUGGAUGUAACUGAUCGAAGCAAUAAAUUCCUCUUUGGGUAGCAUUUUAUUGACCAAGAAAGCUGAGUUCACAGCUGCAAAAUCCGUUGGUGUUGUUGUUGUUGUUCCCGUAUCCAAUGCUGUCAUUUGACGUGUCGGUGACACAGUUGGAGGCCUGGAAGGACUACUCGCCACGUCAGCAUGGAUUUGUAGCCUCUGCCUUCGCUUGGCCCCUGCCGCGGGGUGUUCUCUGGAUACUGCUAAAAACAACUUCCUAAAUCCGUUUCAAAGUUCCAUUGUGGAGAUAAAGUUAACAAAAUAUCAAACAGAACUCGCUUGUUUGCUUUGCCUGUAUUGCUACGGGGAAAAUUAAUUCCAAAAAUAAGAGGAUAAGAGGAUGUUAUGGGUGAGGAUGAAUUUUUUUUUGUUUUUAUUUCAUCCUUACUUAAGUACACGUCCAAAGGUAUGCAGCCGCUGCGGCAUAAUGCAGCAGAAUUAGAGAUUAACACAUCUCGACGAGCAGGGGAACUCGGCUUUCUUGUUAAAAGGUCAAUUAACCACAUUUACCGUCAACACUGACUGGAACCCAUUCAAAUUUUCCCUGCAAGCAUAAAGAAUAUUUUGACGGGUCAUCACUAUUUGCUCUUGUCUAUUUCUGAAAUCUAAUAUGAUCAUGCAUGAAAGAAACCGCCUGAGUUAUAUACUGUUGAAGUGUAAACACUCUGUUAUUUGAUCCAAUGCAGCACAUAAAACAGACUUCUGCAGAACGCACUGCAUGCUUUCUGUCGUUCCGCACUAAAAACCUUUUUACAUGGGCAGCAAAUGUGUAAAGCUGUUUUUUCAUUACACAUUUGGCAUAAAAAUAUACAAAUUGUAGAAAAUUUUGCUUUUAAUUUAAGAAGUUUCUGUACUCUUUUCCCAACUACACAUCUUCAAAACUAUUGGCAACUAAAUCUUUGUAGCCCAACUUUGAAGAAGUUGCCAAAGAUCAUGUUUCUGUACAGACAUGCCAAACUAUGUCUGUACAGAUAUUUCGAAAGUUUUGCAUUUACUUUAUAUAAUGGCAAAGCAAAUACUUGGAUUAAAUGACAAGCCUCAAGCAAAAGAUUGAGCAACUAAAUGUGAGCGGCCCGCUCCCAGCGCUGCAUACUACAGCAGAGUAAAACAUCCCAGCAACAUGCUGUUGACAGCGUCAUGCUGCAGGCGCAGUGUGCAGAGACGGGGAGACUUGUAGGGACACAAGACAAGAGCAUGGCACCAAAUACAGGCAAACACUGGGCCAGAACGGGAUUCACACAGCCAGCGAUCUCAGAUUCGUUGCAGCAGUGUUCCAACGUGAUGACAAAUAGAAACUUCCAGCUAAUUUUUAACUGGAAGGGCUUUCGAUGUAAAAUGUGAAAGUCCUUGACUUGUCCUGCCAAAGUUCAUAGAUGAAAAACCAAGAAAUACAAUCUUAAGAAUGCCUUGAAGAUAAACUCAAAGAUCAAAGACACUCAAGUCAAACUGUUGAAGGGUAUCGUUUUUGUAUUUUAAUUUUAAGAAUCAUAAACCAAGGCGUCGAAACAUGAGGCACUUUUUACAUACAUCUUGGUCCACUUCAUUACACUGAAAUAAUGUCUUUGAGCGACCUAAAAGUGUAGUACACUCGCAGUUGAUUCUGUGGUACAUUCUGCAACAAUGUUUCAUAACUCUGUAAAUUAAAACACUUUUUAACAAUUCACCAUUUAUUUCGCAGGCUUGUAGACGCAUGCAUCGUGUGAUUGUUUAUAUAUAGUCAUUGUAAUUCGCUUUACACAAAGAAAUGCAUGCAUGACAUCCAUGUAUCACUCCACGUACCGGUGUUUUUGUAGACAAUGCAUGGGACAUCCGUUAGAAGGCAUGAUGGCAUUUUGUUGUAUAAUGCAAAGUGAGUUAACUAUAGUCAUUUUUAGUGUUUUGUAACUGAUUCAUACAUAAACUUUAAAGUACCUUACCAUCUGCAGAAAUGAAUGUAUUCCUGUUUGUCUUUUGAUACAAUCUUUGCUAUGUGAACAGGGAUGGGGAGAAAGUGGAGUCCAGUAGCUAUAGACAAGUUUGGAUGAUCCGUGACACUUGACCCCACCACAACAGCUAAUUAUAGCGCCGACACUUGAAUAAAUGGGUCUGCAGUCGUUUGACAAAGCAGCAGUUCAGUGUGAAGUUGAAACCACACAGAAGCCUAAUUAAAAGAUGAUAAGAACCUAGAAUAUACAUAGAACGGUACAAUUAUUUGGAGAACCUGUAUUUUAGGUCCCUUGUAUUUUUUUUUUUUUUUUUUAAUGGCUAUUUAUCAAACCUCACAUUUCUUGAAUGCACUAUAUUGUAAGACUGACGAUGCAGAAACUCUUUAUCCUAUAAAUUAACGCUGGGUCUAAAGAAUGUUGGGAUUUUUUAGGCUGUUUUAACUUUUAUUAUAAAUUACAAUUUUUAAGGCACUAGUGCCAGUGAGUCAUGCACCUUAUCGAGCCAUCGUGCUCUGUAAUUUUUUUUUAAUACUAAUAUGAUUUAUUAACAGUAGACUACAGUGUUUGUAUGUCAAUUGACAAAAGCUGGUAUGUGCCCAGUGUACUGCAUUUUAAU